GUUACGCAUGUUAAAUAAAGGUGUUCAGUGGUGUAGAAGCCCAAUAUUUUGGUUGACAAAUACUUUUUAACUCUAAUCUUUGGAUUAGAGUUGCUUAAUCAUAUUUGUAGUAAAACAUCAAAUAAAACACCAAAGUGCAAAUAUGUCAGGCACUCCAUCAUUACUAGAUUCCAUUAGAAGGACAAUUGAGGAACGCAAUUUGUUCUCAGCAAGAUCACGACUACAUUUUGUGUCUGCUCUCCAAAGUGCUAAUCAUUAUACAAGUUCUUCUUCAUCUAGGAAAGGUGCGAAAAACUUCAAAUCUCCGUUGACUGGAAAAUUGAUGGAUAAUCGGUUAAUACGCUUGAGAAAUAAGGCUAUCCAAGAAAUUAUAAAAACUGAACAAGUGUACGUGACCCAGCUGAGGACAAUUCGUGAUGAAUUUAUGCAAGAUACGGGAAUCAGAGUUUGUCUUAGCCGAAGAGAUUUUAAUGUUAUAUUUGGAAAUGUCCUAACACUGUUGGAAGUUAACGAAAAAUUGCUGCUAGAACUUCAAUAUUGCUCAAAUGACGGUGAAAAGACAUCCAAAGAUAAUGAGACUACGAGCACCCUGGGUUCAGUUGCUGAAGCUUUUCGUAAUUAUACGCCCUAUCUCAAAUUGUAUUCUCUCUACGCGUCAGGAUAUCAACAAGCAGACAAUCUCUUGCAGAAAUUAAUGUCACAAUGCCCGGACCUACGAAGUUUGGUGAAGGUCAAAGAAGAAAAGCUGAACAAUACUUUGCAAUCUUACUUGAUCACACCGAUACAAAGAAUUCCGAGAUAUAAAUUGCUUCUCCAGCAUCUAAUUGGAUUUAUUGGAACUGCGGGGAAAAAUGACCCUGAUGUACAGUCAUUGCUUGAAUCAAUCAAAAAUCUGGACCAAGUUGCUGUCCAUAUGAACGAAAUGAUAAGACAGCACGAGAAUUCGUGCAAACUACUCGAGAUAAAUGUUUGGAUGGGAAAAUUUUAUCACGGAAAUUUAGUCGAGCCUGGCAGACAUUUUAUUAAGGCCGGAUCCGUGCUGAAGCCUCCCACACCAGCCCAGCACCACAGUCUCACAGCUAACAAUCAGUUUUUCCUCAUACUUCUCAGCGACCAAAUAAUUUCGUGCAAAAUUAAGGGUGAUCUGGGCAGCAAAGGUUGCUUGCAACCCAAUCUGGUUUUACCCUUGAGAAAAUGUUCCUCCAGAAUCGUGGACGACUUAUUUGCUGAAGUGGAAUGUGAAGAUGAAUAUAUUCGAUUCACGUUAACUGAUCCAGAUGAUUUGAUUAAUUGGGUUCGGAUGAUUAAUGACUCUGCGAAAUCCCUCAAAAAGAGAUCAGCAACUCUUAAAAAACCGUCAUCCAAUGCCCAUCCGAUUGUUAAAGAGCAAAUCAAAAACAUUUUAAAAGCCAACAAAAAAGCUACAAAAAGGCAUUCGUCGACGCCUACUUCUUCAGUGGGGGGAUCACCCGGACCUCCACCUGGAAAAUUAAGAAGGUUUCUCAAUAUAUCGGAUCGCUUGGAUGAAUUGGUCAACUAUUUGUCACCAAUUCGCACAAGUCCACACAAGAAACGACAAAGUGUGGGAAGCAGUACACAGGCUUCAGCAUUUGCAAACGUUAAUUUCGAUUCCAGUCCAAAGUUUGACUACAGAGAUCUAGGAAGGAACAGAAUUACCCCCGUUUCAAGAUAUCAAACCACAUCUUGCACAAUAUUAUAAUGUACAAAAAAAAACAUUUGUUGAAUUUUACAAGAGCAUGAAGAUGUGAAUUUUCUGGAUAAUAAAUCAUAAAACUUAUUUACUACUCAACAUAA